UAUUUUUCAAGACACGUUUGCGUCUCGAUUUAUUUUUUUGUCGUCCAUGAUUCUUAUUGGUGCGGUCUUUAUGGCUUGAGGUUGUUACUGUCAAUGUGCUAUUUUGACAACUACUGACUGUGUAAAAAAUCAUACCAUUUUUAUGUUGCUCAACAAAAGGGGACGAAAAAAGACAAGAAUUGAAUGCAUGCUAUGAUCAGCCAUGAUCAAAUAGAAUCCGAGUGCAAUGCACAUGGCUAUUAUGAAGAAUUAAUCCAUUGAAAAAGAUAUAUAAAUGAUAUACACAUUAUUUGCAUAAAAGAAAAAAAAAUGGCUUGAUUUAUGAGCCAUCUCCCCAAAUAAGCAUUUGCGCCCCUCUUUUCCCCAGUAGCCCAACAAAUGGUUUAUCUCAUUUAUGUGUAUAUAAAAGCAGAUAAUCGUAUUGUUUUCGACAUAUAUUAAACAACAAUGAGUACUACUACAGCAACAAUAACGCUUGCUUCAAAGGAACAAGGAAAAUUUCCACCUUACGCUUAUACACCUACAGAAGACCGUCAAUUGCCCCUAGCAAAUCCAGUGCUACCUCCCUUAUUUGAUGGACCUACUACAUGGAGCAAUUUUGUUAGUCGGGUUAACUGGUUUCAAUCAAUCCUCUUAACCUCUACUCCUCUUUUGGCUAUUUACUUGGCUUCUCAAACACAUUUACAAACAAAAACCAUGUAUUGGUCUCUCCUGUAUUAUCUGAUAACAGGUCUAGGCAUCACAGCUGGCUACCAUCGUUAUUGGGCACAUCGCUCUUAUGAUUGUACACCACUCACUCGCAUUGGUUUAUGUCUGGCAGGUUCUGGUGCUUUUCAAGGUUCUAUUCAUUGGUGGUCUCGAGGCCAUCGUGCUCAUCAUCGCUGGACAGAUUCUGAUAAAGACCCUUAUGCUGCUCCUCGAGGAUUCUUCUUUUCCCAUAUUGGCUGGAUGCUCAUCAAUCGUCCUAAGAAUAGAAUUGGAUAUGCUGAUACAGCUGACUUGAAAGCAGAUCCUCUUGUGCGUUUCCAACAUCGGUACUAUCUCUACUUUGCUGUCUUUAUGGCCUUUGUCUUUCCUUGUUUAGUAGCUGGUCUUCUUUGGGGUGAUUAUAAGGGUGGUUUUGUCUAUGCUGGUCUGUGCCGUCUUGUGUUUAUUCAUCAUGCUACUUUUUGUGUUAAUAGUCUUGCUCAUUAUAUUGGCGAAAAUCCUUUUGAUGACUACCAUACACCCAAAGAUUCUUGGAUUACUGCUAUUGUGACAUGCGGUGAAGGAUAUCAUAAUUUCCAUCAUGAAUUUCCCCAAGACUAUCGUAAUGCUAUCCUCUGGCAUCAAUAUGACCCUACCAAAUGGCUUAUCAAAGGCUUGAGCUUCUUUGGCCUCACAUAUAAUCUCAAGACGUUUUCAUCCAACGAAAUCGAAAAGGGCAAAGUUCAAAUGAUGGAAAAGAAAGUGGAUCAAAUCAAGAAAACGCUUACGUAUGGUAAAUUAUUACAUGAACUCCCAGUGUAUACCAUGGAAGAAUUCCAGGCUCGUGUUAAUCAGGAAAACAAGAAAUGGAUCUUGUUGGAUGGUAUGAUUUAUGAUGUGGAGCAUUUUGAUCAUCCCGGUGGUGCCAAGUAUCUUUUUGCUGGUAUAGGUAAAGACAUGACAAAAUCCUUUAAUGGUGGUAUAUAUAAUCAUUCCAAUGGAGCUCGAAAUUUGCUUUCUAGUAUGCGUGUGGGUGUUAUCAAAGAUGCCAUUGAUUUGAGCAAGGUGUAUUCUAGAACAGACGCCUGUGCCGAGAAAGCUGCUGAAUAUGACGGUUCUUUAGAGCCUGAAAAGAGAAAAACCAUGUAAAACAUUCUGAUUAAUCAUUGUAAAAUAAACUUCUUAUCAAAC